CCAGGCUCCCAGCCCAGAGUGCUCCCCAGCCCAGAAACUGCAGCCCUCUUGAACCCCAUGUCCAUUCCUGCCUUCCCUGCAGAGGUGUGGGUGGUGCUCUUCCUGAGGCUUUUUAGGGUCCCACCCAGAGCCCCUUCAAAGAGCAUUUACCCCUGGGAGCAACAAAAGACACUCCUCUCCCAUCCAGGAAAUUCCAGGGCUUUUGGGAGCUCUGUGCCAGAAAGCAGGAACAAAGGCCCAGGAUAGCUUGUGUGAUCCUCUGGCAGCUCGCCCCUUCUCCGAGCCCAGCUGGCGGUGCCCUGUUCUGGGAAACAGCUGAUGUCUUCUGGCUUGCCAUUCUUCCCUGCCCUCUGACUAAUCAUGACUCUCAAGUCAUGCUGACUGAUGCCUCCCCCAGUUCUUAGACCUCAGGAAGCAAAUGUAGGGGGAAAUAUAGUAACAUUUCUUGGGAGGCUCUGAGAUACAGACUGCUUAAAUGUAGCACACCAGUUGUGACUCUGCUUAGAAAAAGGAACAGGAAAAAACCCAGGACAGGCAGCUCAGUGUGUGUUUUCUAAGAAAUGGGUGGUGUGGGAUGUGGGCGAGCCCGGUGCGGUGCCUGUUGCCCUGUGGGAGGAGAAGAGAAGGAUUUCUUGUGUUUUCCUCGUCCAAGGGAUGUCCCGGAUCCUAAUGCUCUGCUGAGAUUUGAGUUGGGUUUAACUUGGAGAAUUCUCACCACUUGGUAACCUCAGACGUGUGAGCAGCUGGAAUAUUUCGUCUUUCUGAGGAGUCCUGCGUAUUGCCAGUCACCUCUUGUUCACUGUGUGCCAAAGAAGGACUCCAUGAAAGAUGACAGAAGAAGUUAUUGUUAUCGCCAAGUGGGACUACACCGCCCAGCAGGACCAGGAGCUGGACAUCAAGAAAAACGAGCGCUUGUGGCUGCUGGACGACUCCAAGACGUGGUGGCGAGUGCGGAACGCGGCCAACAGAACAGGCUAUGUGCCAUCCAACUACGUGGAGCGCAAGAACAGCCUCAAGAAGGGCUCCCUCGUGAAGAACCUCAAGGACACGCUGGGCCUCGGCAAGACCCGCCGAAAGCCGAGCGCUCGCGAUGCGUCCCCGACGCCCAGCACGGAUGCUGAGUACCCUUCCAACGGCAGCGGCGCCGACCGCAUCUACGACCUCAACAUCCCCGCCUUUGUCAAGUUCGCCUACGUGGCAGAGAGGGAGGAUGAGCUGUCGCUGGUGAAGGGCUCACGGGUCACCGUGAUGGAGAAGUGCAGCGACGGCUGGUGGCGCGGCAGCUACAACGGGCAGAUCGGCUGGUUCCCCUCCAACUAUGUGCUGGAGGAGGCGGAUGAGGCGGCGGCCGAGUCCCCCAGCUUCCUGAGCCUGCGCAAGGGUGCGUCCAUGAGCAAUGGCCAGGCCGCACGGGUGCUGCACGUGGUGCAGACACUGUACCCCUUCAGCUCGGUCACCGAGGAGGAGCUCAACUUCGAGAAGGGAGAGACCAUGGAGGUGAUCGAGAAACCCGAGAAUGACCCCGAGUGGUGGAAAUGCAAAAAUGCCCGGGGCCAAGUGGGUCUAGUGCCCAAAAACUACGUGGUGGUCCUGAGCGACGGCCCGGCCCUGCACCCUUCGCACGCCCCGCAGAUCAGCUACACGGGGCCGUCCUCCAGCGGGCGCUUUGCUGGCAGAGAGUGGUACUACGGCAACGUGACGCGGCACCAGGCCGAGUGCGCACUCAAUGAGCGGGGUGUGGAGGGGGACUUUCUCAUCAGGGACAGCGAAUCCUCGCCCAGCGACUUCUCCGUGUCUCUCAAAGCAUCAGGGAAGAACAAACACUUCAAGGUGCAGCUCGUGGACAAUGUGUAUUGCAUUGGGCAGCGGCGAUUCCACACCAUGGACGAGUUGGUGGAACACUACAAAAAGGCCCCCAUCUUCACCAGCGAGCACGGGGAGAAACUCUACCUCGUCCGGGCCCUGCAGUGACGUCAUCACCUUGUGCCCCCUGGCCGUGCCACGCCCACCAGCUCCAGGCUCCGAGCUCUGGCUGCCCCUCCCUGGCCCAGGAGCUGCGGGUCUCCGGAUG